AUGGAUGACCUGAGCAUCAACAUUUCUGGUCUGGCCCCAGGUGCGGCUCGCACCAUCCAGGCCCUCGGGCGGAAACCUGCGUCGGACCGUCCUUCAAAGAGGAAGGCGAAGCCUUUGACAGGGCGGAAGAAGAACCCGACAGAGAGGCUCCAGGAAAAGGAGCCACCCUCCACAGCCUCCCGCGCGAAGCGGAAGCGCGAGGCGAAGGAGGCGCCUGAAACACGGCAGCCGAAGAAGAAAGAGCCGAAGCCUUCCAAGCAAUCGAAGGUCCUCGAGGCCUGGGAGAGGACCAAAAAGGCCACGGUUCCUAAGGCCGCCGCCACAGACGCGAAGGCGAAGGCGGCUAAGAAGGCCGUGAGGAAACCCCUGCGUCCGCCAGCGUCCGAUGCUACGUCGCCUCCCAAGAAGCCCAAGAUCCGUGAGCGCCGUGAAAAGCGUGAAGGUCCCCGAAAGGCUGCGGAACUCAAAGAGAGCGGCAUCGUCUCGGAGACGGCUUUUGCGGCCUUGAAGCUGCAUGAGUCCUUACUUCGGCAGCUUCAAUAUCUGGGCUUUAGAGACUGCACGCCCAUCCAAGCGCUCGCCGUGCCUCGGGCCUUGACGGGCAAGAGGGAUGUACUGCUGCGGGCCCCGACAGGCUCAGGCAAGACUUUGGCUUUCUUGCUGCCGGUCUUGCACCAAUUGCUGGUGACUCCGGGUGGCCUAGACCGCAGGAAGGGCACGCUGGCCACGGUCCUGUCACCCACCAAAGAACUGGCACUCCAGACGCUGAAGGUUGCAUCUGAUCUCGCUCGGAUGAUGCCUUCCCUGGUCUGUGGAGCGGUGGCAGGUGGAGAGAAGCCCAAGAGCGAGAAAGCCCGCAUCCGCAAAGGUCUCGUGCUCCUUUGCGCGACUCCGGGGCGCUUGGCAUACCACCUCGAGCACACAGCCACCUUCGUUGUCCGCAACAUCCGGUGCCUUGUGUUGGAUGAGGCAGAUCGGCUUCUGGAUAUGGGCUUUGAGCCACAGAUACGGUCCAUUCACAAGAAGAUCCUGGAAGCUGCCAAGGAGGGCGAGAAUGCCGAAAGCCCCACGGGAUCAGUGCAGACGCUGCUGGUGUCCGCAACUCUGGUUCCCGCGGUGCAGCAGCUUGCUGAUUUCUGCCUGCGCCCGAAAGCCUUCUGGGCAGAUGCAGAGGCACAUGCGAAGGAAGAGGUGGAGACCGGCACAGUGGCCGUCGGUCAAGAGCUGAACUUCUUGGCCCCCUCCACCCUGACACAAUGGUACUGCAUAGUUCCAGGGAAGGAGCGGCUCGCGGCCCUCUUUGCUGCGAUCUUGUCCCGGGUCGGUGAGAAGAAGUCCAUCAUCUUCUUCUCCACGGGAGCUUCGGUGGACUUCCACUGCGACCUGCUGCAGGACGCGGCCUGGCCGUCACGCAGCGGCGGAAGGAGGAAAACGAGGGAAGACUACGGGGCUCAGCCGGCCAUCAAGAAGCUGCAGGGCCGCUUCGUAGGCCUUGCGAAAGAUGCCAAGCUCCUUCAAAAGGAGGACGAGGACGAGGAGGAAGAGGAGGAGGAGGAAGCGGCUGAAGAUCUUCACCGCCAGAAUGAAGAGAAGAUGUUUGCGAAGACGAAGAUCUUCAAGCUGCAUGGAAGCCUCUCCAAAGAAGAGCGUGCUGGCUACAUUCGGGAUUUCCUGCAAAUCCCUGGAGGAGUGCUUCUUGCAAGCGACGCAGCAUCGCGCGGCCUCGACUUCCCGCAGAUCGACUGGAUCAUCCAGUACGACCCCCCGCAGAGGACCGAGGAGUAUUUGCACCGCGUUGGUCGCACAGCCCGCAUCGGCCAGCAGGGAAGCGCUUUGCUCUUCCUGCAGCCCAGUGAGCUUGGCUUCCUGGACGUCCUCAGAAGCCGAAACCUCACGGACCUCCGGGAGAUGCAGCUCGAG